CUGCUUCAUCUCUCCAGGAGAUUUCUGGGACAAAAGCUAUUCGACAAGCUAAUGAAGAUGACCUUCUAUGGUCAUUUUGUGGCUGGCGAGGACCAGGAGUCCAUCCGGCCCCUGAUCCAGCACAACAGGACCUUUGGUGUAGGCUCCAUCCUGGACUAUGGUGUGGAGGAGGACCUGAGCACUGAGGAGGCGGAGCGCCAGGAGAUGGAGUCCUGUACCUCCGAGGCAGAGAGGAAGGGCAGCGGCACCAGUAAGAGGGAGAAGCAGUACCAGGCCCACCGGGCCUUUGGAGACCGCAGGGACGGUGUCAUCAGUGCCCGCACCUACUUCUACGCCAAUGAAGCCAAGUGUGACAGCCACAUGGAGACAUUCCUGCGCUGCAUUGAGGCUUCAGGUACAGCCAGUGAUGACGGUUUCUCAGCCAUUAAGCUCACUGCGCUGGGGAGACCCCAGUUUCUGCUGCAGUUCUCAGAUGUGCUGACCAAGUGGAGACGGUUCUUUCACCACAUGGCUGCAGAGCAAGGGAAUGCCGGACUGGCUGCCAUGGACACGAAGCUGGAGGUGGUGGCACUGCAGGAAAGCGUGGCGAAGAUGGGCAUCGCAUCGAGGAAGGAGAUCGAGAACUGGUUCACGGCGGAGACCCUCGGUGUGUCCGGCACCUUGGACCUGCUGGACUGGAGCAGCCUCAUCAACAGCAGGACUGAGCUCUCCAAGCACCUGGUGGUCCCUAACAUGCAGACAGGACAGCUGGAGCCUCUGCUGUUGGGGUUCACCGAGGAGGAGGAGCAGCAGAUGACAAGGAUGCUGCAGAGGAUGGAUGUCCUGGCCAAGAAAGCCACUGAGGUGGGUGUGCGGCUGAUGGUAGACGCUGAGCAGACCUACUUCCAGCCAGCCAUCAGUCGCCUGACUCUGGAAAUGCAGCGCAAGUUCAAUGUGGAGAAGCCACUUAUCUUCAACACGUACCAGUGCUACCUCAGGGAUGCCUAUGACAACGUCACUGUGGACGUGGAGCUGGCUCGCCGUGAGGGCUGGUGUUUUGGGGCCAAGCUGGUACGGGGUGCAUACAUGGCCCAGGAGCGGGCCCGUGCUGAGGAGAUUGGCUAUGAGGACCCCAUCAACCCUACAUACGAGGCUACCAACGUCAUGUACCACAGGUGCCUCAACUAUGUCUUGGAGGAACUGAAGCACAACGCCAAAGCUCAAGUGAUGGUGGCCUCCCACAAUGAGGAUACAGUGCAAUUCACACUGCGCAGGAUGGAGGAACUGGGCCUGCAUCCCGCUGAUUGCCAGGUGUACUUUGGACAGCUGCUGGGCAUGUGUGAUCAGAUCAGCUUUCCGCUGGGCCAGGCAGGCUUCCCUGUGUACAAGUAUGUGCCCUUCGGCCCUGUGAUGGAGGUGCUGCCUUACCUGUCCCGCCGAGCCCUGGAGAACAGCAGUGUCAUGAAGGGUGCCCAGCGGGAGCGGCAACUGCUAUGGCAGGAGCUCAGGCGGAGGCUCCGCACAGGCAGCCUCUUCUACCGCCCAGCCUAGUACCCAUGGGCCACUGCCGCCGCCGCCAGCACUCCCACCGGACUCAGCCUUCUGGGGCCCUCAGGCUGGGGCUGGGAUCUGGGGAGUCUGGGUGGCCCCUAGGCCGAUGUUGCAACUAUGACCCAAGCCCAACCUCACAUGGAUUCACUUUCUUACACCCAUGAUUAUGAGAACUGCUGGAAGUGGGGCCUCACUGACUCCUGGCCCUUGCCCAGGAUGUGGACACUCAGGUGUAAGCCGAAUCGGACACCUGCCAGAGCUACUGGCAGUCAGGAACUGCCUUCAACAAGUUGGCACUGCCCCCAUCUGUGCUCACCCCCACAACCUUGGAACCGAAAGCCUGCCUUCCACCAGAGUCCAACUCAUACACCCUAAGCCCCACAGAUGGAUAAUAGCCAGGCUGGGGAAGGCAGUCUGAUCAAUAAACCACUAUUUCUAUAGCUGAGAGCCCUCAGUGCUGUGCCCAAAACACUCUAUCCUGUGGGGCCCUUGGGUGGGUCAACAGCAGAGAGGGAGUAUCUCCUAUGGCUUGAGAAAUCUCACCUCAGGCUCUGCCUCUCCCAAAUCAUGUGCCUCUGGAGGUCAGGCCCAUACUUCCCUUUAGGUUAUACUGCAUCCCCUGCCGUGUAGAGUGUUGGACCUGCCUGCUGCCCCCCAUCCCCCAACUCCACAACCCAAGAUAAUAGGAGGGCCCCCAGGCUCAGACCAAUGCAGAGAGGAUGUUUCUAGGGGUGGUACUUCCCUACCCUGGGUUUCUCCCUCCCUCAGACCCUGCUGCUCUGUGACCAUGACCCACACCAGGUUCUUGUUGUUCUGAUAGCAGCAGGCCUAUGGCUGCCCCAUCCCACACUUUUCAGCUGCCAGCCCUGUAGAGCAGACUAGAUGUGCUGCUAAUGCCCUAGGG